CCCCAAAAACCCAAGAAAUCCACCAAAAACCUCCCCAAAACCCUCAAAAUCCACCCCAGAACCACCAAAAUCCAGCAAAAGCCCAAAAAAAUCCACCCCAAAAAAACGCCAAAAUCCAUCACAAAACCCAAGAAAUCCACCCCAAAAGUCCCCCAAACCUUAAAAUCCACCCCAAAAACCCCAAAAUCCACCCCAGAAACACCAAAAUCCAACAAACCCCCCCAAAUCCAUAAAAAUACCACCAAAAUCCACCCCAAAUCCCCCAAACCUGAAAAUCCACCCCGAAACCCUCUAAAAUCAUCCCAAAAACCCCUAAAACCACUGCAACCCCCCAAUCCACCCCAAACCCCCCCAAAAUGA